AUGCAACUAGAAAGUGUUUUACCGGAAGAAAUUCUUCUCGAAAUAUUCAGUGAAACUGAGUCAAAUGAUUUAAAAAAGUUUCUCGAGAUAAGUAACGAGUGGCGAAACCUGUUGAUACAAAAUGUGAGAGUUAUGAGAAAAUUGCCGUUGAUGAUGAUGAAUGAAACGUGGAAGGAAAAACUAAAUUUCGUGGAAAGUUAUGGAAAAUACAUUCGAGUGAUCGAAUUCGUUGAAACAAACUUCGCAUCGUUAGAUGAUGUAGCGAAAAUUUUACAAUGCACACCAAAUGUGGAAAAACUUUCCUUCAUUCGGGUGACGAAUGCUGAAAGUCAGGAAAAUUCCGAUCAACGAGAAAAUGAUGAAGAAGAAGAAGAAAUAAUUAAAAAUCAGGAAAUUGUGUCGGAGAAAAUUGUUUUGAAACGAUUAAGAAAAAUUGAAGUUAUAGAUGAUCAAAGUGCAAACACACUGAAUUUUAUUGCGACGCAACUCGAAUGUGGAAUCUCAAGUUUAAAGUGCACUGUGAACGACGACAAUGAGCUGAAGAUUCUCGAAAAAAUUUUACAGAAAAGUCAUCGAUUAAAGGUUUUGGAAUUAACAUCACAAGUUGACAAUGGAUUCACUCCACCGAUUGAAUUGUCAUCGGAGUUUGAUUUUCAAUUAGAAAAGCUUUCAAUUAAGACGCCCAUCAUGAAGCAUAAUCAACAACUGAUCAAGUUCAUGACAACGCAAAAAUAUUUGAAGGAAAUCGAAAUCAUUUCAAAUCACGUCGAUUUUGUCUACCACCAAAUGAUUUUCACGCAAUUUCCUUUUGCGAAAUCACUUUCGUUCAACAUUGAUAAUCUCGCAUCAACUGAUUGUCUUGUGAAACUACGAAAAGUUCUACCGAAUAAAAAUCUUAAAAGUCUAAAUUUAAGCGGUAAAAAUUUCCAUUUGAACAUUUUCGAUGAAAUUCUUCGAAUCGCUCCAAAAACCAGCAAACUGCAUGUGGAAAAUUUUACACAUUUUAUCAGCGAUCGAAUGCAAACUCUGCCAUUGACGUAUUUGGAAGUCGGUUCUGGCCAUUUUGAGUAUUUAAUAACAAAGAAAGAAAUCGAAAUUAAAUUAAUUAACGUCAUUCCAAUACAUUCUCGACAAAUCUACGAAAGAAACCUUCAAAACUUUUGCGAUCUUACUCAAUUCUGCGAUAAGAACAAGGACAUUGAUGUCUGUGAAUAUUAA